AUGGCUAUUGUAAGUAGUAAUAGUGAGUGGACAGAAGAAAGACAUGAAACAACGAAACCAAAACGUAAAGGUCAAGAAAAAGAAGGGCAUGAUCUUGAAAUCGAUCAUCAGAGGGAAGAGAGACUGAAACAACAAAUGGAAAUCUCUAUGAAGAAAAUCGAGAGCUCGGAGUUUUACAUUCACAUCAUGUCAGGCUCUGAAACACAGCUGCAGAUGGUGAUUUACGGUAUAGGCAGCAUUGAGUCUCGUCAAAAACCAAGGUUUCAAAUGAGCAUUGCAAUCUUGAUGAAGAGAGAGUUUGAUUGGGUUGGCAACAACAUUGAAGUAUUUGAUCCACUCCUCUCCGGAACAGAAUCUCGUGUCAUAACAUUUCUUGGAUGCACGGUUCUGUCUGUAAACGAGGAAGCUCGCAGGGAAGUUUUAAAGCCAACUCUUUUCUUUAUGGGGAUCGAAUCCACAAGGAGCUAG